AUGGCAGCGUGGAACCGCCACCACCAUUUCAACAUGCUCAUGGACGAGAAUGCCAAAAACAAAUUGGGCGUGGUGGGCGGCGGCAUGCCGGAGGCCGCUGGCGGCGAGAGGCGACACGGUCCUCUGUACGGACGACUGGUUGCCGAGGAACAGCUCGCCUCCAUGAGUGCGCCUUCGGACAUUCAGGUGAGCGCCCCAGUGCGCAACCCAAGAGCUUUCUGGCGCUACCGUACCCCCGCUCAGGCUAUGCAAGCUCGAAUACCACAUCACUUUCGGGACCCUUCAACAGCGCCGUUAAGGAAACUUAGCGUCGACCUUAUCAAAACAUACAAACACAUAAAUGAGCUGCCGGUUGUUUACGAUCCAGCACGUGUUACUUCUGACCUUUGGAACACGUGGGUG